AUGGACGCAAUUCAGCGGAUUCGCGGACAAUGGGUCCUAACGCUCGUCGAGAGUGUUGGACUGGCAGCCUUCAUCUAUGUUCUGAGUAUCGUGGUGUACCGUGUAUGGUUUCAUCCUCUUGCAGGAUUACCUGGGCCCGUUCUGGCAAAGGUUACGAAUCUUUAUGGUGGUUACCAUGCUUGGACGGGUGAUCUGCAUUUGAACAUGCUGCAAUGCCACGAGAAAUAUGGAAAUUUUGUGCGUUACGCACCAAAUCGUGUCUUGGUUAACACGAACACUGGUUUGAAAGACGUCUAUGCUUUCACUAAGCAAUUUCAGAAAUCCACCGUCUACCAGGCGAUGGUACACCGGGCCCCAAAUACUCUCACUUUGAUCGAUAAGAAGCAACAUGGACGCAAACGUCGCACCAUUGGUCAAGGGUUUGGAGACAAUGCUUUGCGGGGAUUUCAAGAUGCCAUCAUGGAGCUUGUCAAGAUUUUCUGUGACGCGCUGAUCCAAGACACUCCUGCGGGCAACUGGUCCCAGCCGCAGAACAUGGGCAAAUGGUCGAACUAUUUGACAUUUGAUAUCAUGUCGAAGCUCGUCUUUGGGGAGAGCUUCGACUUGCUCGGUAGCCCCGAUAAUAGAGAUAUUGUCCAGUGUAUCGAAGAUUCAAAUGUCAGGACCGGGGUUCUGAUACAAGCUAGCGAGCUUUCUACGCGUCGCUUGGACAGGAAGCUGUUCCCUCAAGCUAUCAAGGGGCGCAACAAGUUCAUUCGUUUUGUCACGGAUCUUCUGAAGCAGAGAAUGGCCGCAAAACCUUUGAAAAGAAAGGAUGUUUUCUCUUUCCUUCUCGACGCUAAGGAUACGGAGACCAAUCAAGGCUUCACCCCGGCCGAGAUUGGAGCCGAGAGUACAACUUUGAUCGUUGCGGGAUCCGAUACAACAUCGACUGCAAUCGCCUCCAUGUUCUUCUACCUUGGUCACUAUCCCGACGUCUACGAGCGAUUGAAGAACGAGAUUCGAGCUGCAUUUGCCAGCGCUGACGAAGUCACCCUUGGAUCAAAACUGACAGACUGUGUUUACCUACGAGCCUGCAUCGACGAAAGCCUGCGCAUGUCACCUCCGGCCGGCGGCUCAUUAUGGCGAGAGGUUGCCCAGGAUGGAGUUGUCGUUGAUGGCCAUGUUAUUCCUCGAGGCUACGAUAUCGGUACGUGCAUCUACGCCAUCCACCAUAAUCCCGAAUAUUACCCUGAGCCAUUUGAAUACCGCCCGGAUCGCUGGCUCGGGAAGCCUGAAGAGAUUCAGGCUGCUCGAUCGGCGUUCACGCCAUUCUCAAUCGGGCCCAGAAGCUGCCUCGGAAAGGGCCUGGCCUUGACUGAGCUUAGUCUGACUAUGGCUUACCUCCUCACCAAGUAUGACUUCCGUCUUGCUCCGGGCUCGGGGAAAUUAGGCGGUGGCUCAGCUUCGGAUGGACCUGGGCGCGAUCGUGAACUGGAAUAUCAACUCAGAGAUCAUGUCACGGCUGCGAAGAAUGGACCGCUUGUUCAGCUUCGUCUGCGGCAGUGA